AUGUUUGCGCUUGGUAAAUUUAACUUUGUUGUGAAAAACCUAUUGGCUCUGAAUCCAACCGGAUCAGUGGUACCUUUCAUAAAUGGAAAUUGGAUCCGAAACCUCGGAUUAUUUAUUGGUAAACAAGCAGUAGCUCUUGUUCUGGGAGCACUUUUUGGCCGAGCACAUCAGUGCAUUGAAGACCAGAAGGUUCUCCAGAUUGGUCAAGAUGCUACUGCGCAGAAAAACGACGACGAUAUUUACUACGCUACGGAAAUGAUCUCGCUAUUGAAAGAAGAUUGGAAGGAUGCAACGUCGGAGAACUUUUUCCUCCUAGAAGAACUCGAAGAGAUAAAUUUCCACGAAGCUGCUCUGAUGAGAACGAAUCAAGAUUUACUCGACGAGUUCAUGGAUAAAAAGCAUAACGCUGAAGAGGAAAAUAAGCUCCUGAAGAAGAAAAUAGAAGAGUUGGAGGACGCAUUGUUCCAGAAGGCCAAGGAUGUUGAAAAUAUAAACGAACAACUAGCACGGAAGGAGAAAGAAUGUGAGAACCAUCGAGAAAAACUGGAAGAACUCCAGAACCAAGCUAUGGACAAUGACUUCUACUGUGGCUACCUUGAAGAGAAGGUGAAGGCCCAUGAGGCUGAAAGAAAGAGGCUGUUCCAGACGACGGUACAACUCGAGGAGAGACUGCAAGCCUCGCAGAGGGAAGUAUCAUCUGUUCUCGCACGAAAGGAUCUAGGCGAUCAGAAGAAAGUACAUAUCCAGGAAACCACAGUUCAGUCGCUUCUGCAGGAGAAUGAAAAAAUUAAUGAGAAAUUAGAGGAACGAGAACCACCAGUUACCGUGGAAUACAAUUCUAUGGCAAAUGAAAAGAAUAAGAAUAAUGCUCUGAUUGAAGAAAACAAGGUCAAAGGAAACAUGUUCUAUAAGCUAGGACGACUGGAAGAAGCAAGUGAAUGUUUCCUCAGAGUAUUGGAUAUAGACGACGAUCAAGUGGACUGCAGGCGAAGACUGGGAUUAUGUCUCUUGUUGCUUGGCAGACACAGCCAAGCUAUGAUGCAGCUUGAGAAAUUAGAUGAUCAAGAAGAUUUGGUUGCAGCCGCCAGAACCUUGCAAAGAAUGCAACGUCAUGGCUGCCCAUACUACAUCCUAGGUAUUGCAGAGGAUGCUAAUUUGAAGGAAAUAAAGUGGGCCUACAGGAAGCGGACACUCAAGUUUAAUCCCGAUAACUGCCAAGGGUCUAAAGAUGAGCGACAUCGCAGAAUGGAUAUCAUGCAGAAGGUCAACUAUGCUAAUGAUCUCCUAUGUGAUGCUGAUGAAAGAAGAAAAUACAAUGCAGUCAGGGAGUUCAUCAAGGACCUGGCAGAUAGUGUGUUUGCAGAUCCUCAGAAGACAAUGGAAGCGAAGAGGAAGAAACCUGGAAGGAAAACGAAGAGGACGAAAACUAAAGGAAACUAG